GCGGCGGGGGGCUGAGGCGGCGCGCGCGGCCGGGCUGGCGCGCUGGUGGCGGCGCUGGGCCCGCCACGCCGCCCAUUGUCCUCGGGCCAUGUGACCGGGGCCGGUUACAAAGCAGCCCCCGCCGCCCCCCCGCCGCCGUUAUUUGUGCUGAGUCACGGCGCGGUGCCGCAGGUGUCGCGGGGAGCCCGGCGGCCGCCGCAGCGCCAGGCCUCCCCAUGGGGACGGAGGGCGCCCGCGCCCUGCUGGAGCGGGCGGCCACCCUCACCCUGCAGACCGGCAACCUCCUCAACUGGGGCUGCCUGCGCAAGAAGUGCCCGGCCACCCCCGGCGAGGAGGUGCGGGACUGCAUUCAGAAAACACUGACUGAAUGGAGCUCAAAGAUUGGACAAGACCUAAAUCAGGAAAUACUGGAGGUUCUGGAAUGUACUGUAGCUCAAGCUGUAGAAAAAAUAAAUCCUGAAGAAAGGGAUGAGUUGAAAGUAUCAGCAAAACUUUUCAUCGUUGGAUCAAACUCUUCAUCAAUCAGAGAUGCAGUUGACCUGGCAUGUUCUGCCCUUGGAGUUGCUCAAUUGGACUCAGUCAUUAUUGCCCCACCUCCUGUUGAAGAUGGAACUAUCCUGUCCUUGGAGUAUUUGCAACCUUAUUGGCAAGAACUUGAGAAUCUAGUUCAAAACAAGAAGAUUAUUGCCAUAGGUACCUCUGACCUAGACAAAGCACUGUUAGAGCAGCUGUAUCUGUGGGCACAGGUGAAACCAAGUAGCAAUCAGGUGAACCUAGCUUCCUGUUGUGUGAUGCCACCUGAUCUCACAGCUUUUGCAAAGCAGUUUGACAUACAGCUGUUAACUCACAAUGACCCAAAAGAAUUACUUUGUGAAGCAAGUUUCCAAGAAGUUCUUCAGGAAAGCAUCCAGAACACGAAAGCACACGAAUGGAUUCCUUUAUGGCUUCUCCGGUAUUCAGUCAUUGUUAAAAGCAGAGGAAUUAUCAAGUCCAAAGGCUAUAUCAUGCAAGCUAAAAGAAAUGCCUCCUAAAACUUUUUUCUUGUUUUUUAAAAUGGCUUACUGUUUUAAUUUCUUGGGAAUGGGGGGAACAUUGCUUUUUUCAUAGAAACACUUUUAUGACAUUUGUAACAAAGACCAGAAGUUGUAAUUACUCAGUGUGAUGUCAGCAUGAGUGUCUGCAGUGCUUUAACACUGUUUUUCUUUCUUACCCUAUUGACCAGUUCAUUUAACAAACCCAAAAUCUUUCAUAUUUUGUUUUUAAUUGAAACUAUCUAUAGAGAAACAGUUUAAAAUAUUUUUUCUUUUUUAUGACCAGUUCACUGUAAAAUUAUCAUAUUGUAGCUGCCAUUAGGUAGUAUAGAGAAACUUACAUAUUUUUAUUUUUUAAAAAAUGAAUUUCUCUUUAAUAAUAGUUAAUUAUCUGGUAGGUACAUAGCUGCAAAGCAUUCAAGGACUAGUUUUUAUAGAAAACUGUUACCUUCUACGAAACAUUACCCCCCCCAAAAUUAAACUGGUGUCUCAUUACUUAGUAUGUGUAUAUAUAGGCAAGUCAGCUGUUUAAUUUGUGUGGAUGGGAAAAUUGGUUUAUUUUUAAUAUAGUGUAAAAGACCUCUAUAAUUUAGAAAUAAUGUAUCUUCCACAUUACUUUCUGACUGUUACUUGAAUUCCCUCUGGCUUCUUUGUGCCUCAGAAUGCUUUGUUUAGUGUUUGCACAAGUGUGAUGGCAUCUUUUUGUUUGAAACUGAAAAUGUAUUAUUGUGUGAAUGUUUAAAACUAGAAUUGAAAACAAAUGAUCAAAAAAUAUGUUAAUCAAAAAAUCAAAUUGUGCCUGUCUUCGCAGCGGUGGCUUUGUGUUUUUUUGAUACUUGUGGACUGCGCAAUCGGAAUUGGCCACGCCAGAACAGAUAGUAAAUGUUGAAGCUGUUCCCUGUG